AUGGGCCAACGAUCGCAAACCUUCGCGAUCGCCAAGGUCGUCCCAUACGGCGAAACCAAGGCCUACUACCGUUGCGUCGCUGCAUGGCACCACCAAUGGUGCUAUGGUAUCCUUCCUCUCCUUGCUGCGCGUCGAUUCUUGACCCUCUUGGAGCAGAGGGACAAUGCCGAAAUUGUAGUUGACGAACUCCGACGACUCCAGGGCCAAUGUGGGAGGUGGGAGUCCCAGGAUGCACCCCGUAUACCAAGAGUCCCCUGCAGUUAUAUUUCAUUCUUGAUAGGGUCAGCGUGGAAUGUGGACAUCAAUGACCCAUUUGAUUCCUAUUUCCAUCGGUCAUCGUUUCAAGGAUCGUUGCUACCAGCUAACAUGCUCAGCGGAGAUGGAGAGUCACGAAUACUUUCCGCCGCUCAGUAUGCUCGAGAAUAUUAUGCGAGAACAGAGGACAAUGAAGAUGAGAAACUCAUCAGGGGCGCCAUUAAUGCACUUGACGGAGUAGACAUGGUUACCCUCGAUAUGCUCACUGAGGCAUGGCCCACUGUAUACAAAACUCCUGGCACAUUCGAGCCACCAAUUAUCGAGAACUGCCCGUCCUGCAGCACCUCAGAGAGUUCGGUUCCCUCACUUUUCGAUCUCGCUCUAGGAACCACUGUCGAGCAAGGCUUAGCCACAGGAGACACCUCCAGUCUAGACAGCAUCGUAUGGAUGGCUGAGAAAAGUUCAAUGAUCAAGGCGGCCUUGCUCAGGCAGAAUCCCUUCCCUGAUACAGGCCUGUCUCUUUUGGCGCAGGUCAUAGCGCAAGAGUCUCGGAGCGAGCACGAAGUUGAUCUCAAGAAUUUCUCUGUGAACACAGAUCAGCUUCUAUCAAUUCUAUCUGAUGCAAGUAUCACCAUCCGAACCUUGAACCUGUCUGGGAACGCUAACAUCACGGGAGACACCAUCCGAAAAGUAUUGACAGCGCGUCCAACCUUGGUUCGUCUCGUACUGCUGAAUACCUCCGUCCGCAACGAAGAGCUAAAGGAACUGAUCGUCACCGAACCUAAGUUGUUCUAUCAUAUGCAGGAUCUCAUCCACCCGUUCCUCUUGAACCAGGCAGAAAGCAAUGCCGACGAGGCAUCAUCCUAUCCUAAUGCAUUCUCAUCCAUCAGUUAUACAUCGUGGAGUGACGGUAUACCCGUAGCAUCUCUUCCGUUUCUCAAUCCUCCCAAAAUUGUUCAGGGUCUGACUGACGCCCUGAUCUCAUAUGCAGCAAUGCCAAAGUUCACCAUCUCCAAUCCUUCGUUGUGUUACUUCUUCCUCCGAGUAGCUUUCAGUUCCGCCGUCCGUCCGGUAACUCGACAGUGGAGCGAACGUUACGUUUCCACUUUCCCUCAAGAAUCGUUGAGUGCACUUGAAGGAGAAGGCUGGUGCUUCGUGUUGAAAAUGUGCGAGUCUCGAUACUCGCAAUAUGAAGAAUUCUAUGGUUUCCUGAAAAUACGCAAUCUGCAUGAUGCCGCCGCUGGCGAAGAUUAUGCCGAUGACCCUGCCUCCCAGAGGGUAGCCAGGACGGUGUUGGAGAGUGCGAGCGAAGAGAAAAAUGCUGCUCAUGCUAGCGAGGAUUUUCAUACGAACGCUUCUCGGCUGGCCUCUCCAUUCGACGAUUUACGAUUUGGACGAUUUCCUGGAGGCCAUGAUUUCUGA